UGAAUGAAGCCAUACUCCGUCAGAUCUCGUGAUCCAGCCCCAAAGCCUGAUCUGCGGCGCUUUCGCGACUCGCUCUUCAGGCGCAAAUACUUUCACGUAAUGGCGGAACCGUCCGAAAAGCCAGCGCGGAACAGGGAAGUGCAACUAAAGAAACCCGGUGCCCGAUCGCAAAAAGACGAGCUUAUAUAGGCACAGAAAGGCUACGGGCACCGUUCCUCACUGCUCAUUUAAUUCUGUGGCGGGUGGCGGGUGGCGGGGGACGGGGGUGGCUGCGUAAUGACUACUUGCUGAUGGCGUGCUGCAUACUUUCCGUUUCGGCUUUAUAGUCAACAUAUUUUUAAGGACGGGUUAGACUGGUUAUGUAGUAACCGUGUUUACUGGACAUGGUGGUUUGCUUCGCCGAGGUGCGAUUCUUGCUCAUGAACGCCGCGGUGGUUAAAAAUGCGCUCAGCACCGGCGUCCUGGUCCGGGCAGCGUACAUUACACUGACAUGGCUCACAACGCUGGUCCUCUUCCUCCAGGACACGGAUUUGCGGAGGCAGGAGCAGAGCGGCGACUUGCUGCAGCCUGGCCUCUUCCUCCUGUUGGUGCUGCUGUCGGUGCUGCUGUACCUGGGGGUGUCCCUCAUGGACCCGGGGUUCGUGCGCUCCGACGCUGGGCCGGAGCUCUCCGCCGGAGUGUCUGAGGAGCUGCACCAGAUGCUCCCGCAGCCUUGCAGGCGGCGCUGUGGCCGCUGUCUGCUGCAGCAGCCCAUGAGGUCCCGGCACUGCCAGACGUGCCGGCACUGCGUGCGGCGUUUUGACCACCACUGUCCUUGGAUCGAAAACUGCGUUGGUGAGAGGAACCACCGCUGGUUUGUCCUUUACCUGGCGGUGCAGCUGCUUGUGCUGCUCUGGGGCCUCCGAGCGGCCUGCUCGGGGUUUGUUCAAGCCCCCGCCUGGGGACAGUGGCUGGAGCAGAACGGCUUGCUGAUGCUGGCAUCCUCUGCGACGGGCAUCUUCUCCGUGGUGGUGGUUCUGUUGCUGGGCUCGCACCUCUACCUGAUCUCCCUCAACACCACCACCUGGGAAUUCAUGUCAAGGCACCGCAUCUCCUACCUCAAGCACUGCGGUGACGAGAACCCCUUCGACCGCGGAAUCCUUCGGAACCUGUGGGAGUUCUUCUGCGUACGCCGUGUGAUUGCCUGGGAGGAGGCUUAUGCCAAAAUCAGUGCCAGCCCUGCCUAGACCCCCCCCUCAGAUAGACCUCCCCGCUUGUCUCUUACUGCCUCUACUGAGGCUAGACCCUUGGGACAUUGUGAUGGGAUGAUGGGAAGCGCUCCGGGUCCGUCUUCUGCCUCACUGUCAUCUUACUUUUGAGAACAGAAACUUUACCAUGUCACCAUAGUAAGGCCUGCUGUACUGACAGGGAUUAGCUUUGCUAUGGUGUUUGGAGGUAAAGGUGGUCAUGUACCUAAAAACAAGUAGAGAAACCUCUACACUAAGUUACGUGAUAAGGCCAUUUUAAGGAGAGAGCUGGCUAACUUGCUUCUAGCCAUUUACAGUUUAAAUCUUGGCAUCAUGAGUUGUCUUAAAGACAAGGAAGCCUGAUCCCAGCAAAUGCCGACAUGUGAUUUCCUAUCCACGUAGUGACCAAAUUUUCAGUAAUUAUAGCAUAGAGGCAUAAAGAACCAGAGUUGUGUAUGAAUGUCAGGUAUUUUAAGUACUUCGGUCUGUGCCUUAUGGCCUGAAUGGCAUUUGUAACCUUUAGAGGGAUUUUAAAGACAUUUUCACCCCUCAGUAACUCUGACCACAUAGACUGAGAUUCAUUCCAACAGUCUGACCCUUUUCUGGAUAAAAUACCAUUUUUAGGAUCACACUUGUGCCCUAAGAGUUAACUCUGUGUUAAAUACUCAAUUGUCUGAGUUAUUAGUUUUUUGUUUUUAAAAUUACUUUUUUACUAGCAAAAUAAAUUGUAACUCUUC